AAGUAGCACAACAAUUGCAAUUUGCAAAUCGCAGGUCCAAGGAGAAGAUCGAUUCUCUGAUACGAUUUCUCCAAACAGUGCUUGAGAUUGGAGGAGGAGGAAGAAUAAGAUGGAGAUGAAAGUCGAAGAAGAUGAAGCGGGGAACCCGUUCCUGCGGUGGAAGAAGAGAAUAGGAGAGUUCGCAAAAUCCAGGGUCAUUUGAUUGGAUUUGGAAGUUGGAUUUGAAGGCAUAACAAUCCAUCAAAAUCCACAUUUUGUAAGAUCUUUAAAAAUCUAUCAAUUUUUGAAUACCAUCAUAUUUAGAAAGAUUUUUUAAAGUUUGAAUUGAAUAUACCCAGAUUUUAAAUGACUUUUUAAAUUCUGAAUUGAAUACCUACGGAAUUUCAAAAUCCAAAAAAAUCUAUCAGAAUCCGGAUUGAAUACACCUCCCUAAGUAAAAUGAUACUACAUAGUUUGGGGGCGGUUCAUGUGACAUUGACGAAUGAGAUGACUCGGGGGUUGUACAAUGCCCUGUUCGUAAAAUUGACAAUUCUUACUCCUCCAAAACACCCCACUCCGGUCGACCCGAACCCACUCUCACCCCUUUAAUUGCAUCAUUCAAAUUUAUUUGACUUUCGAGUUAAAAAAAUUAGUAAAUGAAAAAAUAAUUUUUAGAUGAAGAAUGUAGAAAACGUGGAGUGUUUUUUUAAAACUAGUUUGAACUUUGAAGUGUCUUUUAACUUACCGUAUGGCACUUAGAGCAUAAACCAAUUAGAACGUGCGGUGUAUCCUAGCAAUGGGCUGAUGGGGAGCCAAAUGAGUCAGUUUCGAAACGCAAAGCAAAGGGACAAUUUGGUUUUUUAAAAAUAUAUAAACCUAAAUAUCACUUCAGUGUUCAGACGCAUCAGUGCCGUAAGGCCCACAGCCUCUCCGCCGACCGGCCGCUGAAUCGGAGCUCUCUGCCGGUCCGCUCCCGCCGUACGCGCGCUCAGGAAAGUUUCGAUGGACUAUUUAGAUGACUUAUUUGAUGAGGGUGCACCAAAACCUGCAAGAAGGAUUGGCAGGUUUAAACCUAAGGCAAGGGCUCCUCCAGUAAAAACAGGGCCUGUUUCUGCACGUUCUCCACCCUCAUCACAGACCAUCCAGUUAGAUAACGAUGCUGGUAAAUAUGGAAGCACUGGUGUUCCCAAGGAUGGACAGCCAUCGGCUAAAGAUGUUGCAAAGUGUGUUGGACCUGUGGAGUCCUCUACUAAACAUAUGGAGGGAACAAUGAUCUUGCCAGAAAAAAAUAUAUGCUCAGAGAAAUCAGUAGGAGAGGUUGGAAUCCGUUGGUUUUUCUACAGACAGUGCAAACGCUCCAGAUAGUUCCAUUCCGUCUUCAGAGGCACCAAAUAUCCCUGAUGUUGAUAACUCUGAACAUUCUGCUGCUCAAGAUACAUUCAUUUCUUGUGGAGAACCUGCUGUUGCUACUUGUGAGGGACUCUCUCAGAUUGAUUGUAUAGAUCGAGGAACAGAGAAAAUGGAGACAUAUCCUUGCCUGGAAACUUCAGAUGAGCUCGAGCAAACUGCUCUCUCUGACAAGCGUACAGGAAAAUUUCGACCAAAGCCCAAGUUACAAGUGGUUGCUAAGGACUGCAAUAUUGGUGUUCCUAAUUCCAAUGCAAAAGAUUCAGAGUUUACUGACUAUGUGGGCAAAGAAAGACUUCCUACAUGUGACAACGACGACAAUGAUGUUAACGAUGUCUCACCUUCAGGAUUUGGUGAUGCUGCUCCCAUGCAAUAUGCAGCUGAAAUUCCAGCAAACGAGGAGAUGCCAAAUGCUGAUUUUCCAUCUGGCAGCCCCAGUAUAAAUGAGGAUGAGCCCAUUGAUGAGGAAUUUCAGGUGGAAGAUGAAUCCCGAAAGAAAAGAGCACAAAAACAAUCAAAGAAACAGGUGGAAAGUGCAGAUUUUCCAUCUGGCAGCCCCAAAAUAAAUGAGGAUGAGCACGUUGAUGAGGAAUUUCAGGUGGAAAAUGAAUCCCAAAAGAAGAAAGCACGAAAACAAUCAAAGAAACAGGUUGAAAAUGCUGAUUUUCCAUCUGGCAGCCCCAGAAUAAAUGAGGAUGAUCACGUUGAUGAGGAAUUUCAGGUGGAAAAUGAAUCCCGAAAGAAAAGAGCACGAAAACAAUCAAAGAAACAGGUGGAAAAUGCUGAUUUUCCAUCUGGCAGCCCCAAAAUAGAUGAGGAUGAGCACAUUGAUGAGGAAAUUCAGGUGGAAAAUGAAUCCCAAAAGAAAAGAGCACGGAAACAAUCAAAGAAAAAGACUGACAAUGAAGAAGAUCAAGAAAAUCCUAGUGUAAAGCGUAAAAAAACUAAAGAUAAAACAGAAAAGGUUACCAAAGAGAAACCCAAAAAGUUUGCUCACACAACUCGGCAAAAGAGGAGAACUCUGGACAAGGUUUUAUUGGAAACUCCAGAGGAUGAAAUUGAUUUUCGAAGAGUGCCUAUUAAGGAUUUAAUUUUGCUUGCAGAGCACAAGGAGCGUCUGGCGAAAAAUACCCCGGCAACAGCAUCACAGAUCCCACAAGUGAACCCGAGGGUUGAAGAGGAGGAUACAUUUUCGUUUCGUGAAGAUGAUGAUGCAGAAGCUUUUGGGGAGCAAGCAACUGAGGUGGAGGAUAGUACCAUCUACUUUAAUAAUCAAACCUACAUGGAAAGAACACCCAGAGUCCGAUGGUCAAAAGAGGACACUGAACUGUUCUAUGAGGCCAUUCGGCAAGUUGGCUCAAAUUUUUCCAUGAUACAACAACUCUUUCCUGGGCGGACACGCACACAGAUAAGGCUGAAGUAUAAAAAAGAAGAGCAGCAGCAUCCAUCCAGAAUUCUUGACGCUCUAACUACUCGUGCCAAUGAUCACUCCCACUUAGAGCAAAUAAUUAAGCGCUUGAAGGAAAUGGCAGCCGAGGAAAACCAAAAUGGCGAGGACUUUGAUGCUUCGGUUGACUUGGCAGGCGAAGAAGAGGGAGAAAAGGAAGAACCAGAGGUGGAGAAUAAUGAGGAAAAUGAAGUCCCAGAUACGGUGCCAGACGUUGUUACAGAAGAUCAAACUUGUGUGGAUGAUGAGGAAGAGGUCGAGGAAGAAGAUACAGAGGAAGAAUACACAUGUUUUUAUUGAUUAACCCAAAUUUCCACAACCCUUGGCUGGCUGCUUUUUUGCAGUUCAAAAAUGAAUUCAAGCCAAACCCCAAAAGGCCAUUUUCUGUGGUAUUUUUGAACACUUGUGAAUUUGGGACUGUCAUUUCAGUUCCUUUCAUUUUCUUAUCUCACUCUUUUCAUCAAUUCAGUAGGACUUGUCUUGACCGGAUAUGAUUGAUUUCAAUAUGACUAGAACAAAUUUUGAUCUUGUCU